AUGGUGGUGGAUGAUUCUGGUACGGUAGUUGUUCCGGACUCUGAGGGUGAUGGUGAAGGUGAAGAGACUUUAAUCUUUAGCCCUCAUGAUAACGACAAUAUAAUGGCACCUAUUGAAGCAGGUGUAGUUCCUCUGGGCCAGGCAGUGCGAUUGGAACCUGAGGAUUUGCCUUCAGAACAUAGUAGAAGGUUUCUGAGGAGAAGGAAAGCUAUCCAGCGGAUGCCCUACAGUUUGGAAAGGAUAAAGCAUAAGCAAUUGUUACAAGGAUACGAUAUGUCAGGAUUCGAAAGCAUAUCUGAAGAGCUGAAGUUGCCUCGUCCCAAUCCAGACCUAUUGGGAAGCUUCCAAGAUACCAAAAUCCCAACAGAUCUAUCACGCAGGCGUAAUGAUAAGGGUCACCAUGAUGAAGAAGAUGUUGUAACGGAACCGAUUAUUGGUCCAGUUUCUGAAGAUGAAGCAAGUGAAGCAGAGGAAGAAGAACGGCAGGAGCAAGAAGAUGAAGUUGAGGAAGAAGAAGGAGAAGAAGAUAAUGAAGAGGAACUUGUGAAAUUCAGAGGAAGAUUAAUUAAUAUCAAGACUGGAUUUCGUGGUGUACUACCGAGAGUUGCAUGGGAAAAGGCCAUUAAACAACAUAAUUCAACUACUAGGAAUUUUAAAAGGAGAAGAGAUUCUGCAAGUGGUAAUCACAGGGGUGUUGCCAAGAAGAAAAAUGUAGCCACAGAGAAAAAUGUUAAUCAAGAUGAUUCUCUUUUGAACGAUUUAAUUGUACCGGAUGAUGAAGUUCCUCUGGAUGACCAGAUAUCUUUACCUUUGAGAAAGACAAAUCAGCAGGAGGUACAUGACUUGAAACAACUUGAUCAACAGUAUCAAAAGAAAUAUGAUCACCAGUAUCUUAGUGACUAUGAAGAUGAAGUUGAAGAGGAUCAAAUGGAUAAUUUUAUUAUAGAAUUAGGUGAAGUUCAAAAUAAAAAUCAAGUUGAAAUUGCUCCUACAUUUGUUUUGACUCCACAAGAUACUUUUAACCAAGAUGAUGAUGAUCCUGAUUUGAUGGAAGUUGGCGCUGUCGAAAACGACGAGGGCGCCAUUGAUGGAAUGCUUUCAAAGGGUCCACGUAUUAAAGGCCAAGGGAAAUUUAAAUCCAGUACUAAGAGGCUGGGAGACACUACCCGACCUGGUUCUACUCGAAAACCGUCAAGUUACAGAAUGACACCGCAAAGGAGAUCUGUCAGGGCCCCCAAUAGAGGCAAUCAACAGCGCAUUAAGCAGCAGACCAGGCUACCGUCCAAUUAUUUACCUUCUCAAAAUAGCCUAAAGGAAGCAGAAUCUUCUAAUUUGAAACCUACAUCCACCCAAAAGAAGCACAAUGAUAAAGCCAAGAACAAAAAACAAAACUCUGAAACGAUUGGACCCUUUGCUCCUCUAGGUUCAACAAAUACAAGGCGUGCAAAUGUGUUUUCAACCGUCAUGGAAGCGCCAAGUGACAAGUAUGCACUUCCCAAACAUGGAAUUUCAAAAAGUGAGAGCUCAGAUUUAAUCAUUCUUGAUAACACGAAUGAAGAUUUAAGAGAAGAGGCACCCCUUAGUGCAUUGAAAUCUCUUUUCGAUGAGAAACAGGUUAUUCCUCCGGAUACAAUUUCCUUGAAUUUGCCUGAUAGACAAUUCGUUUUAUCAAAAUUUCAUAGAAAUGAUACCCCUUUAGUAUUGAGCAAUAUUUUUGACCAUAUAACUGAGCGUGGUGUUACUGAUAAAGAACUUUUACAAAUUUCUGAAAGUGUAACUUUGUUCUUAUUACAUUUUAACCAUCUAGGUGUGCUUCCGGUCAUCUCUGAAUUUCAUAAGCGGUUUAGAUCCAAAGUAAGUCUGUUGCGAGAAAAAGCUAAGUCAAUCCAUUUUUAUCAAAUUGCUGUUUGUCAACUAAUGCUUUUGGAGGUUUCCAAGUAUUCUGACAUUUCGAACGCUUCACGAGUCGAACUAAACUCCAGUAUCCUCAAUCACAUUAUCUCUUUUUUCAAAUUACUCUCUUAUUGCUAUGAUGCUGUAGCUAAAUCAGACCCAAACUAUUUAUUCCAAAGUUUUGAUAUUUUGUCAAAGAUUGCAAAGAUGCUUAAUCAAUAUGAUACCUUGUGGGACAAGUUGCAAGAACAGGGCUUUCGACCCGAGGUUUGCUCCUUCCUAAUCGAUAGCUUCCACACUAAUAAUCCACACUGGGAAAUUCUCAAAAUUGAGCAAGAUUACACUUCUAUUAAAGAAGCAUUCAGGUUUGUUAAUCAUUGUAAAAGAAGAUACAAUUGGAAAAUUACUAAAAAUUUGAUAUUCCUCUUUGAUAAAAUAUUCAAAAGAAGAAGGUUUGAAGAUUUUACAAACGAAUGUGCGUUGACCUCUGGUUACAUACUAAAACCUUCUCAGGCGCUGAGGAAUAAUACAAUGUUUAAUAAUUAUUUGAAUCUUUUACAAGAAAUUGAGCUGUCGGACUUGGUAGUAGAGAGAAUUAUACCGAUGGGUGAAUUAUCGCCAAACGACUCUGUGGCCGCCUUAAUAAACAGAUUAAAUCUUUUGAUGGUGUUGGCACGCGGUUCUCAUGUCAAUUUGGAAAAGCGCAUGGAGGACUUGUUAAGGCCCUUACUGGAUUCUGAAUACCUGUCAAAACAAGACCAUCAAUCUUUGAAAAAGAUCGGCCAACUCGUUCUUGAUGGUAUUCUUUCUCUAGCCGAUAUCAACAGAAUUAAAAAUUUACCAUUCAGGGGCAAAAUUCUGGUUAUGACAUUUAAGAAUCUGCUCUUUGAAUGCGGAGAAACCUUAGAAGGAGCUUGGACUAAUUUUUUAGAUCAGUUGAUCCCAAUCAUUGAGAGAUCUACUAAAUCAAAAUUGCUAUUUUGCAAGGAAUUCUACCCUUGUCUCAUUUUAAUGUCACAGAGAGAUAUUUUCACUGAGAAUCUAGUACAAGUGUUACAGCUUUAUCUGAGGAACUUAUCCCUAUUAGGAGCUAAAUGGGCCCAGAGAAACAUCCUUCAAGUUGUCAAGAAUAAGGUUGAUCUCUCUGCAAAUUGGAUCGACUAUUACUGCACAGUGGGUAAAUUUUUAAUUCAAAGUAAUGUUAUGUCUUGGUGGUCUUUCUACAUGUACAAUGACGUAAGAAACUCAUUGACAAACAAAUUUUACUUUGACUGCAAAAUUCUACAAAUGUGUGAUAACCAGUCCUUUGAAUUGAUCAAAAAGUCUAUGUUUACAACCGCGACUAAUUCUAUUUUGCAAAUUUCUUCUACUUGGUUUCGUCGUUUUUUGAUUCAAUUGAUGAAUCGGGAGUGCUCGAUCAUUAUCGACCAUAGGUAUAAUAAAUCGUCAAACGACACGUUAAACAUCGCUAAAAGGUUCGUGUGGAUGCUAAACAGACUUUCAUACAAUGAUUUACUUUUACAGUUCAUUUCAAAUUUGAAAAAUUGUCAUCAAAAAAAAGUUGUUAGUAUUGAAUUCGUCACCCAAAUGUUAGAGUAUCUGAACCUAAAAUUCAUCGAUAAUAUUAAAGAUAGCCAUGACUUCUUUUCAUUGAAGAGGGAGCUUGGUAUAUCUGAUAUUGAAACAGAGAAGAGCGCCUUUAGAGAUGCUUUCAGAUCUCAAAAAGAUCCAAUUUCUCAAGCAUCCUUUGUCGAAUGGGGAUUAAUUCAUGCUCACUCAAAUGAAGAGGAGAUGAAACGCUAUAUGGAUAAACUGGAAUCCUUGUUCAAUUUUUCUGCCCCUGAGGGAUCUUUCCGUUUUUUCAUUAGACUAAUUACGGUACAUCUCCGAGGGUACUUCCUACACUGCAAGCGAAGGCUCUUAAUUUAUUUUCUUUAUCUGAUCAACGGAGUUUUAAACGCCAGACACCUUCAAAUUUCAAACAGUGAAUUUUUGGAACUCUGCAUGCUUCAUAAAAUUCUCUGUUCACCUAACGACGUCAUGAACAACGCUAUCGUAACUGAGGAUCCAAGUAGUCAAAAAAAUCUUCGGGCUGAAUAUCUUCAAUUUCAAUUCAAUGUCUUGAGGAUAGCCGAUGGGUUUUUGGAAUUCGAACUUCUAGCCCAAAUGUCUAGAAAAUUCUUGAGUGGUAGCCCAUGGUCGGGGGAGUUACUAUACGAAGAACUAUUCGAUAUUGAAUUAUCAAAUAAAAUAGAGGAUAUCUUCCGGUACAACAGUUUGACCGAACAGUUGGACCACGUGUACAUCCUACAUGACCUUAAUGAAGAAGAGCUUGAAUCUAGUAUUUCUGAAUUGAUUAAGGAUACUCCCCCUCAGUAA